GUGUUAGUUUCUAAUAAUGUGUAAUUAUGAAAUAACUUUUCGGAAUAUCGACAUACAGUGGAAGUGAGAGUGAAUAUUGAAAUUCUAUCAGUUCGGAAUGUUCAUUUUUGAAAGUGAAGUUGAUGUGAAAUUUGGCAUGGAAUAUAAUAUAGUGUUACAUUGGGUUUGGUUCUUCGCCCUCUUGGCUAUUGCCUUUGCUGAACCUGCCCCUAAAGCAGGAUUCAUUGCCUCAGCUCCAGCAGUAGCUGCAGUGGUACCACAUACAGCAGCCUAUGUUGCUCCAUACAGCACUGCAUACUCAGGUCUAUACGCUUCUUCCUACGCCAGACCAUACGCCACAGCAUACGCCAAACCCUACACCACUGCCUACGCUGGACCUUAUGCCACUGCCUAUUCCGGAGCUCUCAACUAUGGAUACAACUCCAUCUACAAUUACCCUUAUAAUGCUGUUCGCGGAUAUGUUCCAUAUGCUAACUCCAUGUAUAGAUCCGCUUAUAACUACCCUCAGAUUACAUCUACAUAUGCAGCACAUCCCUACAAUUAUGUUUAUUAAGUUCUUAGUUGAUAAUAAAAAUAUUUGUUAUUGA